AUGGCCGGAAAGGAGGGAGUAAAACCAUCUAGACAGAAGGGCACCCCAGCAGGAAGACCGAAACCAAUCAAGAAAAAGGAAGCAUUGAGCUGGAGCAAACUGGUUAUAAUUAGCGCCGUACUCGCUGUGGUGUCGUACUUCACAUAUACGGAGAUCAUCAAUCCUUCACGUCAUCUGCGCAAGCUUCAGCCGCCAAUCAGCGGGCUAAGUAUUGAUCGUAAAAAAUGGGGUUCUUAUCGACCACAUACGUACUUCGGAUUGCGGACAAAGGACCCACGUUCUCCCCUCUUCGGAAUAAUGUGGUAUCAACAACCAAAUGUUUUGCAAGCCCCACACAUGAGGCAUUGGUGUGAUCAGGGAGAUGGCCUGAAAAGUUAUGGAUGGUACGCAGCAGACGGUCGCACUUUUGGUCGCGAAAAUGUAACCGAGCGUACCGGUCAGCUGAGUUUCGACUGGAUUAAUGAUGCAGACACGUGGACUGCUCGAGUGCGAAUUGAACCAAGGACGAGAUAUACAGUCAUACUUUAUAUGGCGGCACAGGAAUCACAAUCGAAAUUCCGCUUAGGAAAUCACUUGAGGGAUCCCAUUACUGGAAAGACAUUGCUGUUUGGCGAUAUCAAACUCAUGAUAAAUGUGAAAAAUGAAAAUGAAGUUCUUCAUUCGACUUUGAUUUGGGAUGAUGAUGUGCAUCUGGAUCAUUUGAACGAACUCAUACUCAUGAAUACGCGUGCUCUAGAGUCAGAUUCCGGCCUUGUUUACCAGUUAGGACAACAGAAGCCAUUCCAUGAGGGCCGUUUUGUUGCCGUCCAGUUUAACAUCAAAACGAAAAUGGAGAUGGAAAUUGCCUUCAGCACGCGGAAUCAUCACGCCAAAACCGGAUCGCAAUUUACGAAGGAGCUCUCCAAACGGGAAGAGCAAUUCAAUCAGCGCUUCGAGCAGAGUUUCAAUUUAAAAGGCAAGGGUUACUCCGACAUUGAAGUCAAAAUGGCUAAGGUAGCCCUAUCAAAUAUGCUUGGAGGUAUUGGUUAUUGGCAUGGAUACAACAAAUUCGGCGAUAUCGCUCUCUUUCAUCUCUUUACCUCAUUCCAGGUCCAUGUUGGUGGCGAAACCAUUUUACCUUAUGGACCUCACGAGCUGUUUUCGGCGGUUCCUUCUCGAUCUUUUUUCCCACGCGGAUUCCUUUGGGAUGAAGGUUUUCACAAUAUGUUGAUCCGUAGAUAUGAUCCUGAAUUGAGCCUUGAGAUUCUUGUGUCUUGGCUGAAUACAAUGAGUGAAGACGGAUGGAUACCGCGAGAAAUGAUUCUGGGAGCUGAAGCAGAAGCAAAAGUGAGGAUUUGUUAUUGUUUUACGCUGUCGCGUGCGUCACAUGUGAAUCCAGCGAUAUUGAACAGGACAAUUAAAAUAUCGACCAUAGUCCUGCCCAACCCGGUGCAUAAUCCGACCACUGUAAAGACUUGA